UCGCGUCUUUGGGUGGUGUUAGUGCAUCUGUUUCAACUCCCUGUCUGACAGAAUUUUUUUUUUUUUUUCUGUGUGUGUGUAACUACGCCUACACAGUGGCUGCCAAGGCUUACCCAUGAGUUAAACCUUCUUUAGUUGGUAAUGAGGAAGACGUGGGCUCUAGCAGUGGACACCCGAAGGCAGCAGUGGGUGAAAACAAGCAAAAUAAAGAAAAGUUUGGCUGUGAGAAGGUGCUAGACAGCCAGCCAUAGUGACGAGGAGGCAGGAAGGUAUCACCAUCACCACCACAGGGAAGGUGGUGCUGUGGUGUUGUGGUGGUGACAGAGGUAGAAAGGUGUGAUGGAGACACCCAAGAAGGAGCCGCAGGUGAGUGUGCCGCCCCUGCAGUGCACCCUGACCGUGGAGAGGAUGCAUCAGGGCCGGCCACACUCCUCCACACACAGGACCAUCCGCCUCAUCCUAGGCCGCAACAGGUUCAGGGACAUGAUCCUGCGCAUGGAGGGGCCCAAGCACUCCCUGCAAUGGCCGCUGGACAGGUUCCGGCUGCACACUCGUUUCCUAAAGGAGGGCAAGGCCACCAUCAGCCUGCAGGAUGCCCACACCAACCUCAUGAUGUCCAACGCACCGCCCCACCAGCUGCUUGUCUUCCUGAAGGUUCUGGCUGGCAAGAAGGCAGUGGCAGCAGAAGGCUCUGAAGGGGGCGGCAAGGCUCUCACCGCCCGCCAGCGACUCUUGUCCAACCGCCCUGCUGCCUUUGAGGAGAUCAGCCCUCUUACUCUCAAGGAGUAUGAGGGAGCCAAGAAAAGGGAAGGUCGGCUACCUCUUAAGGAACUAAAUGGCCAAAAGCAGCAGCAGCAGCCAGGUGCCUCUCCUCUCUCUAGCAAGCGAAAGAUGCAGGACUCACUAGGCAGGAAGAGCAAAGUGUCUCGUUUCUUCAACCCCACGCUGCUCACAGCUGAACAGAGGAGGGUGGUGCAGGCUGUCAGCUCUGGCCAGAAUGUCUUCUUCACUGGCAGUGCAGGGACAGGCAAGAGUUUCCUGCUGCAGCAUCUAGUUGGGUCACUGCCUCCUGAGUCCACCUUCAUCACCGCCAGCACGGGAGUUGCCGCCAGUCACAUUGGGGGCUGUACUCUCCACGCCUUUGCUGGUGUGGGCACUGGUGAGGGCAGCCUGGAGCAGUGCCUCAGGCUGGCAUCACGCAAGGCAGUGGUCCAACAGUGGAGGCAGUGCCAGCACCUCAUUAUUGAUGAAGUGUCCAUGGUGGAUGGCCUCUUCUUUGAGAAGCUGGAGGCCAUAGCGAGAGCAGUGAGGAAAAACAACAAGCCCUUUGGAGGCAUUCAGCUCAUCCUGUGUGGCGACUUCCUGCAGCUGCCUCCAGUCACCCGGCGAGGAGAGAGGCGGGUUUUCUGUUUCCAGACAUCUGCCUGGGAACGCUGUGUCACCCUUACCUUGGAGCUGACAGAUGUGAAGAGGCAGGAUGACCCAGAGUUCAUUCAAAUUCUGCAGGCUGUGAGGCUUGGCAGGUGCAGUGAAGAGGCGGCGGAGAGGCUGCAGCAGACUGUGGACAAUUGUGUGGAGCGGGACGGCAUUAAAGCGUCUAGGCUGUGCACCCACCGGGAUGAUGUGGAUCACAUCAACACUGCUCACCUCAAUGAACUUUCAGGCAAGGAGAGAGUGUUCGUGUCAGUGGACAGUGAUGUGGAGCAGAAAGGAGUGCUGGAUGCCAACACACCAGUGGGAAGCCACCUGGUGCUCAAGGUGGGCUGCCAGGUGAUGCUGACCAAGAACCUGGAGGUGGGGCGUGGCCUGGUCAAUGGGGCACGUGGGGUGGUCACUGCCUUCACCCACGGCAAUACAGGCAACCCCAUGGUGAGGUUCCUGUGUGGGGUGACGACGGAGAUCAAGUAUGAAAAGUGGAGUGUGAUGAUGACUGCUGGCUACCACGUCACCAGGAAACAACUUCCACUUCAGCUGGCCUGGGCUUUUUCCAUUCACAAGUCCCAGGGAAUGACGCUGGACUGCGCUGAGAUGUCAUUCUCCCGAGUGUUUGAGGCGGGGCAGGUCUAUGUGGCUCUCUCCCGUGCCAGGAACCUUCAGGGCCUCAAGGUGCUGGACUUCAACCCCUCUUGUGUCCGUGCUCACCCUGAUGUUCUCAAGUUUUACCACAAUUUACGGAGAGCACAGCAUGAGUAUUGUCAUGAGGGGUGAUGUCUGUGUGUGUGUGUGUGUGUGUGUGUGUGUGUGUAAGAACACAAGAAAAUAAGGGAUAGUGAGAGAAGCCAUGAGGUCUACACAUGGUAUUGCCUGUUUAGAACCUGCCUGCCUACUUCCAUCUAUCAUCCCCGUCCAUAAAUCUGUGUAAUCUUCUGUGUGUGUAUGUGUGUGUUUUUGUGUCAAUGUGUGUUGAUCAUUGGUUAAAGGCAGUAAGUUGGUGAGAUGAGAAGCGAGGAAUUCAGGAUAACUUUAGAGCUAGUGGUGGUUUUGUGAAAGUUUGUUUUAGUUUAUCAUUCACCUGUUCCUUCCCCUGAUUCUCAUUAAUGAACUUGUGCUAUUUACACAAGCAAGUCAGUAUUGUGUUUGUUGUGUUUUACAUGUCCAACCUUCUCAAACUUUCUGUAAUAAAGAUUGUUUUUAAGGUAGCACUUUGAAGUGUGUUCUGCAUAUUAUCUCGCAUUGUGUUCUGAAUCCUAUUAUGGAUAUUUAAGUUUUAACUGCAUGCCUGUUUUUUUUAUAUUUAUUGAAUAGACUUAUACUUUGAAACUGCAAUGACUGUUAGUUUAAGAAUGUAAGUUUUUUACAAUUAAAUUUUUACGCAAUUAAAAA